CGGCCUAGCGACGAAAGGCCGCUUAUUGGCAGAACAACUGGGAGAACUGCGACGUUGACCCCGAACGACCAACAGUUCAGGGAGCCCGGACUGGCUGCUGGUCCCGGCAACUUGUUCUGUGUUGGGCAGAGUGACCUGGGCCUGACGACCGUGUCAACACGGGCAGAAGAGACAAGCAGUUGGCCGAGGAGGAGUGAGAAGGAGAAAGACAGCGAUGCAGGAAAAGAGAUAAUAGGCCAGACUGUGCGAGGAGGAAGCCUGCAAGAAGCGAAACAAUACAGAUUCAGAUCAGGUCGUUGUGAUAAACCGACUUGCCACGUACAGACAAGCGGACAAAGAGGCAUUUCCUCUCGGCCGUCGAAUGGAUUACGCCACAGUCGGCCAUCCUGUGCACAUUGCCACGCGACUAGUCCAAGAAUCGUCAGGUCGGAGGUCAACCACUUUCAAGGAUUCGCAUGUUUAGUCUCUCAGUCCGUCUAUUUCGACUGUCAAAAUUGUCAAGUCCGACAAGCCCACAUUAAAGCGCCCACGCUGAUCAGUUUCGCUGUGAGUAGUGCCCGAGACCAUCAGCAACUGUCGGCCGAGGAGAUGAAUGAGUAA